GACCGGGACCAGGACCAGGACCAGGACCAGGACCAGGAUCCUCCGCUGUCAGUCGGGUUGACACCUGAUCCCUCCUCGGGUCCAGUCCCGUUCGGACCCGCGGCUCCUCGGGUCGAACCCAUGCCGUCCUGUUAGAACCUGAGCCUGCAGCAGCAUGCCGUCCUGGUAGAACCGGUCUCUGGUCAGAACCUGAUCCUGCAGAACCAUGCAGACCUCUGAGGCUCUCCGGCCCACCAGCAGCAGGAAGCCGCUGGGGAAGCUGGCCUCCCGGCUGGAGGAGGUGAAGAACCCGUGGCGCCAGGGGUCCUCCUCCCUGGAGCUCAGCCACAACGAGGCGGCCCGCCUGGCCACGGACGCGCUGCUGGAGCUCGGGGAGCCGGGCUACCGCCGGGUCCUGUCCGAGGAGCGGGAGCUGGGCUUCCUGUCCCCGCAGGAGAUCCGCUACAUCGGGCAGAACGCGGCCCGGACCUGCCCGGACUCGCUCGGCUCCAACGAGCGGGACUUCGGGGACUCGGACGUGGUGUCCCAGCUCACCUCCGGGACCUACUUCCCCAUGAUGUCCGACGAGGAGCCGCCGAUGCUGGAGCUGGGCUGGCCCGAGUCCCCGGCCCGGUUCGGCCCGUCGGAGACCCACAUCUACUUCCAGAGGGACAAGACCCACAACAUGAAGGACCUGGUCCGGUCCCUGAUCCACAAGGCCAAGAAGGUGAUAGCCGUGGUCAUGGACGUGUUUACGGACGUUGACCUGCUCUGUGACCUCAUGGAGGCGUCCAACAAACGCAAGGUCCCCGUCUACAUCCUGCUGGACGAGAAGAAGCUCGGCUACUUCUCCGACAUGUGCUCGGCGCUGGACAUCCAGAACUCUCACCUGCGUAACAUGCGUGUUCGCAGUGUGUGCGGCGACACCUACUGCACCAAGAGCGGCAAGAAGUUCUCCGGUCAGGUCCUGGAGAAGUUCAUGAUCAUUGACUGUGAAGAGGUCAUCGCAGGGUCCUACAGUUUCACCUGGCUGUCGGCUCAGGUGCACAGCAACAUGGUGAUGCACUUCUCAGGGCGCAUCGCCGACAGCUUCGACCGGGAGUUCCGCUGCCUGUACGCAGACUCGCAGAUCGUGGACUGCUUCUACAACCCGGAGGAUGAGGGGAUGGCGUACUACCCGUCCUACCAGGCCAUGAUGGUGCCUGGCGUCGGGCCCGGCCCGGUCAUGGCGUUGGAUCUGCACGCCGACAGGUACGACACUGGAGUCCAGCUGCUCCCAUCCCCUCGGCACCGGGACAGAGUUUGUUCUGAACACUCCAGCAGCCAAUCAAGUAACAGUGUCUCCAGCGUGAAGGCGGCGCCUGGAAUGACUGCCAACGCCACCUAUAAGGUCACUCAAGGUCACGACAAGAAGGAGACCAACAGCAACUCUCGCCUCAGCCCUGAGCGGAGGGGUGGGGGGGGGGAACAGGCACAUGUCCUGCCACCAGGGCCGCGGGUGACAGCAAACGGAGCGGCCAAUCACAGCCCAGCUCCUGAGCGACCCUCGCCGGCCUUCGGUCAGCCAAUGGGCAUCGAGUGGAACAAGCCCAGUGCGGUGGACGCCAUGAGGUCGAACCUCGGCAGCAGCACCUCCAAGCUGCAGGCGCUGGGCUUGUACGACCACAAACCCAGCAUGUUCCACGGGACCCCCAGCCCGGGCCUGACCCCCAGCCCGGGCCUGACCCCCAGCCCGGGCCUGACCCCCAGCCCGGGCCUGACCCCCAGCCCGGGCCUGCCCCCCCGGACCCAGACGCCGUCCCCGGUCCUCGACAGCAAACUCACCCUCAAGCAGAGAGCCCUCAACAAACUCUGGAGGUCGCCGUCCCCUCACAGCCCGGUGCCCUGGGGGGGGCCGGACCUCUCUCCCCCGGAGCCGGAGAGCCAGCAGGGCCCGCCCCCCCCGCCCUCUCCGGGGGCUCUGAUGAGCCGGCAGGACCAGAAGCGCAUGACGCUGGGCCACAGCAAACUGGACCUGGUGAACCACUACAACCAGAUGAAGUCCAAGCAGGUGUACAGCCGCUUCGAGCUCAAGAGCACCAACUGAGGCGCCGGGCCGGGGGGGCGGCGAGCGGCGAGCGGCGAGCGGCUCAUCAGACCAGAUGUUCUCCUCCUCUGCCUCCUGGUGUCUCUGGUUCGUCUCCACCAAGACAAACGUCUCCGUGGACGUCUUUCUGAAGCUAUGUCAGCUUCUCUUCUGAUGAUGGAAAUCAAACCAUCACAGAGUUUCACCUGAUUCCUGUCGUGACGACUUACUACAAGAACAGAAGUGAUGAGACUCACAAAACACACAAGUACCACACAUGACGUAUCGAGGUCCUGUUGAUACUCUCUCAUCCAAUCAGGAGUCAGUGUCAGCUGUCAAUCAUCCAAUCAGGAGUCAGUCUCAGCCUGUUUUUAUAUCAUUACAUAACUAAAUAAAACCAACUGAGCAGAAACUUGAACAAACGUCAGAGAGAGAAGAACGACGUGAAAUGACAGAAACAUCUUUGACAAUCGUCUACGUUGAUUUGAUUUUUUUUAGUUUGAUCUCAUCUGCUAACACGGAGGUGGGGGGGGGGGGUAAUG